AGACCCCGCCCAUUGGCGCAGGCGCAAGGGUGGCGCACCGCGGCCGCCGGUUCCCAAGCCAACGGAUCAACAGGUCCAACUCCGAGGAGGAGUCCGUGGACACUAAGAACCUGCGCCUGCCUCUCGUCAUGUGUGCUGCCGAGGUGGACCGCCACGUAGCCCAGAGAUACCUGAUCAAGCGGAGGCUUGGGAAGGGGGCCUAUGGCAUUGUGUGGAAGGCAGUGGAUCGGAGGACCGGUGAUGUAGUGGCCAUCAAGAAAAUCUUUGAUGCCUUUAGGGACCAGACAGAUGCUCAGAGAACCUUCAGGGAAGUCAUGCUUCUCCAGGAGUUUGGGAACCACCCCAACAUCAUCCGCCUACUUGAUGUGAUCCCAGCACAGAAUGACAGGGAUAUUUACCUGGUGUUUGAGUCCAUGGACACCGACCUGAAUGCAGUCAUCCAGAAGGGCAAACUCCUGGAGGACAUCCACAAGCGUUGCAUCUUUUACCAGCUCCUGAGGGCCACCAAGUUUAUCCACUCAGGGCGUGUCAUCCACCGGGACCAGAAGCCAGCCAACGUUCUGCUGGAUGCUGCUUGCCGGGUGAAACUCUGUGACUUUGGCCUGGCCCGCUCCCUGAGUGACCUCCCGGAGGGGCCUGAGGGCCAGGCCCUGACAGAGUAUGUGGCCACACGCUGGUACCGAGCUCCAGAGGUUCUUCUGUCCUCCCGAUGGUACACCCCUGGGGUGGACAUGUGGAGCCUGGGCUGCAUAUUAGGAGAGAUGCUUCGGGGGCAGCCCCUGUUUCCCGGCACAUCGACUUUCCACCAGCUGGAGCUGAUCCUGGAGACCAUUCCGUUGCCCUCCACGGAGGAGCUCCAGGCCCUUGGCUCAGACUACAGUGCUUUGAUUCUGCAGAACCUUGGGUCCAAGCCACGGCAGACGCUGGACGCCCUCCUGCCGCCAGACACCCCCCCAGAAGCCCUGGACCUCCUCAAGCGACUCUUGGCGUUCGCUCCGGACAAGAGGCUUAGCGCUGAGCAGGCGCUGCAACACCCCUACGUGCAGAGAUUCCAUUGCCCGGACCGCGAGUGGACACGGGGAUCCGACGUGCGGCUCCCGGUGCACGAAGGGGACCAGCUCUCUGCACCGGAGUAUCGCAACCGCCUGUACCAGAUGAUCCUGGAGCGGAGGAACAGCCGCAGCCCUGGAGAGGAAGGCCUGGGGGGUGCGGCCUCGCGGGCAGAGCUCAGGGUGUCCCCCGCCCGGGCUCAAUCCCUCAAGCCCGGAGUCCUCCCCCAGGUCCCCGCGGAGACGCCUGCGCGGAAACGGGGACCCAGACCUCAGAGUAGCCCUGGUCAUAACCCUGAGCACGUGGAAGUUCCCAGGCAGAGCUCAGACCCCCUGUUCCAACUUCCGCCCCCAAGCAGGGGGGAAAGGCCACCAGGGGCCACAGCGGAGCCACCCUCGGCACCCUCAGGGGUGAAGACAAACCUCAGGGUGGUGGCGCCCUCCCUGACUUCACAGGCCGCGGCUCAGGCGGCCAAUCAGGCCCUGAUCCGCAGUGACCCGGCCCGGGGCGGUGGGCCGAGGGCGGCCGGCGCGCGACGGGUCCCUUCCCGCCUGCCCCGGGAGGCCCCGGAACCCCGACCCGGCCGAAGGAUGUUUGGCACCUCGGCCUCGCAGGGGGCCCAGGGCGCAGCCAGAGCUGCGCUUGGCGGCUACUCCCAGGCCUAUGGGACCGUGUGCCGCUCGGCGCUGGGCCGCCUGCCCCUGCUCCCCGGACCGCGUGCGUGAGCCGCCCACCCGCCUCCUCCUCGCGGCAACCUGGCGCUGUUCCCCAGCCCCCAGCGCAUCUCCCUCCUUUGUCCAUAUGCAUUCGAGUUCCGGGAGGGUUCUCUGAGCCUCUCUCCCCUAAGGGGGAGUAGAUGGCGGUUUCCACUCCACCCCCAACAAUUUCUUCCAAUAAAGUCAUAUUUUUUGCCAGCCCA